AUGUUGGUGAUGCUGCAAGCCAAACUUACAGAGGGGGAUUCCAAAGAGAAUGCUCCAGCUGAGCCUGACAUAAAGAGAAAAGGGCUAAACCCACCGAUGUUGAACCCUCUACUCCUAAAAAGGACAAAGAAAAAGAGAAGACACCUCGAUGUCAAACGAGAAAAAAGAAAAGGAGAAAAGGCAAGGCCUCGUGGAAAUGAUUUACGGAACCACAUCAAUGAUAGGAUCAGUGAACGUGAGCUUCCAGAAAGCAACACAAAUAUAUUAGAGGCUCCAUUACUUGAAAAUUUUAAGAUGUCGCAGAUGGAAUUGUACGAAGGCAGGGCGGACCCUAGGUCCCAUCUAUCCAAGUAUAAUCAUUUAAUGCAAGUAGCUAAAGUUAGUGAUGACGCCAAGUGCCUUUUUGCUAACGUUAACCAAAUCUACCAAGGAUUUGUGAAAAAUGUUUCCUUCUGGAUCAAUCCACGUGGCAGUGCCAGACUCCAAGUUGUCAACGAUAAUGCUCGUAAUGUCUUUGACGACGAGCUCAAAGACGGUCAGAUCUUUGUGGUCCCACAAAACUUCAUGAUGGUUAAGAAAGCCAGCGCCCAAGGGUUCAAGUGGAUUGUUGUUAAGACUAACGACAAUGCCAUGAGAAACCCUCUAGCUGGUAAGGUCUCGGCCAUGAGGGCUAUGCUUGAUUAUGUUUUGGCCAAUGCUUUCCAAACAUUGAGGGAGCAAGGAAUAUAUACAAUAGAGCAUAAAAUGCUACAACUGCCAAUUGAUAAUGUAAAUAAUCACAACAUGAAGUUGUUUAGAGGGAAAUGGUGUCUAGAUUUAUUCUACUAA